AUGAAACAAUCGAAUCUCUAUGCGAUUCAGUUGCGGGAGAAGAAGAGGAGAAAUGACGAUGAUCAAAAGAUGAAAAACGAAAAAGACAAAGAAGAAAAAGACGACGACAGUUGGGUUUGCGAGGUACAGACACCACUAAAGAACCGUAAUGUGAACGAGCGCGAAGAGAUACAUGAAGCAGUACGAUUUGCAGCCAGGAACAGCGAUGCGCACUCCCCGGCAGACUCCUCGCCAAGUCCAUUGGCAUCGAAGCGAAACAUAACGCAUUGCUUCAUGGCUAGGCCACGUCCGAGCCUGUCUGGCAACUUGGGCCACAUCCCACGGGCCAUCGUCGACCACGUGACAUAA